AUGUCAUCUGACGAAACCGUCCUUGCUGAUCUGGGCUACAGACAAGAGUUCAAGAGAGACUUCUCUCGCUUCGAGCUCUUCGGGCUGUCAUUCAGUAUCAUGGGCAUCGUCCAGUCGAUCGCCUCCAUACUUUCCUAUUCGAUUCCGUAUGGAGGUCCUGUCUCCAUGAUCUGGGGGUGGGUAGCCGGAUCCACUUUUAUAAUCUGCAUCGCUCUCGCCAUUUCAGAGCUUGGAUCGUCUGCGCCUACCUCCGGUGGCCUAUACUAUUGGACCUUUAAGUACUCGUCCCCGCGUUAUCGUAAAUUUUUUUCCUGGCUCAUUGGCUACGUGAAUACGAUUGGAUAUAUAGCCGGUGUAGCUGGUACAGAUUACAGCUGCGCUGUAGCGAUAUUAACAGCGGCCACUCUAGGCUCGAAUGGUACGUACGCACCGACGACCGCUCAAAUCUACGGGGUAUUUUGCGCUUUGCUAGCUUCUCAUGCGCUUCUGGCCAGUCUCGCAACAAAGGUCAUAGCUAGGCUACAGCUCGUUUAUGUCUUGCUCAAUAUUGCGGUGUUCUUUGCCAUCGUUAUCGCUAUUCCAGCGGCUACACCCGUAGAAUUCAAGAACGACGCAAAAUAUGCAUUUGGUCACUUUGAAAAUCUUUCCGGAUAUCCCAACGGAUUUGCGUUCUUCAUGAGCUUCUUGGCGCCCCUUUGGACAAUAGGUGGCUUUGAUGCUCCCGUGCAUAUAUCUGAAGAAGCAAAGAAUGCACGUACUGCCGUACCGUUCGCAAUCAUGAGCGCCACUGGCCUUGGAUGCAUUCUUGGUUUUGCUGUUAACAUCUGUUUGGUCUUAAACAUGGGUACAGAUUUGGUAUCCAUCAUUGCUAGUCCCAUAGGACAGCCGAUGGCAGCCAUUCUUUUCAAUAGUCUAGGGACCAGGGGUACAAUCGCGUUCUGGGUAUUCAUCAUCAUGACCUUGUAUAUGGCGUCAAUGGACCUCCUCAUUUCUGCUUCCCGACAAACCUUCGCUUUCUCCCGCGAUGGCGCUCUUCCCUUGUCGGCAGUCUUGUACCGGAUAAAUUCUCACACAGGCACGCCUACGAAUUGCGUCUGUGUUUGCGCGUUUAUUGCCGCCACGUUGGGCCUUUUAUCGUUUGCAGGUUCGGCAGCAAUCGGAGCCAUCUUUACCAUGGGCGUAGCAUGUCAAUACAUCUGCUACUGCACUCCCGUCGUCGCCCGCUUCCUUGGCGGACAAACGUUCACCCCUGGCCCUUUCAACCUCGGCAAAGCGAGCGGUCCUGUCUCAUUUAUGGCAUCGAUUUUCAUGAUAUUCAUGAUAAUCGUGUUGUGUUUCCCAUCUACACCGGCGCCUCUUGCUCAAGAUAUGAACUACUCUAGCGUAGUUGUCGGGGGAACCAUCGUACUGGCGUCGAUGUAUUACUUUGUUAGUGGGCAGUUCUGGUUUACUGGGCCUGUAACAACUGUUCAAGAUGAGUGCAUGGAGAAGCGCGUCAGCGUAGGAACUUCAAGUCAAGCGUCUAGAUGA